AUGUCUCUCGGAUACGAGUCGUCAGGAGAUUUAGAAGUAACUUCCAUAUUAAGUGAUAGAGAUAAAGGAAUCUCUCCAGUUGGAAUACUAAAUGAGAACAUUCUGUGUAUAAAGUGUUCAAAUUAUUUGAAGUUUUUUGGGGAUGAUGACAAGGAGGUGAUAUACACAAGCGAGGGUUCAGGCAUUGGUGCCUUUGGAGUGCACAAAACAAGCUCUGUUUUUGCUUAUUCGGAGAACACACCUCAUCCCAAAGUUUUCCUCGUCCAAUACCCAGAUUUCAACGUUUUGUUUGAACAUCAAGAAAGUGAAGCUCUAGAAUAUUUAGCCAUAGAGUUUUCAAAUUCAUCAUACCUGGCCUUGAUAACAGGACUCCCAGAGUUUGAACUUUCUAUCUGGAGGUAUACAGAGAACAAGAAAGUGUUUUCAUCAAAAAUCCCUCACAACAAAUUGAACACGUUUGCAUUUAACCCGAGCAACAUGAAGCAGUUUGCUUUUUGCUCAAACAAAGAAAUCAUCGUUUGGACACUGGACCAAGUUAAUGAAGAUCAUUACAAUAAAAGCAUCGUGUAUCCGCCACACAUCGAAGGCGCCUCUAAGAAGAACCAGCCGAGCGAAAAUUUUACGAAUCUUUCCAAUUUGAUGACAAAUGAUUUCAUCAAGUCCUAUCUCAAUAUUCCUAAAUCGUGCGUGGUUGGCUUGUCGGAUGAGGAGUUUCAGACAUUUGAAGAUGAACUGAAGAACAACGAGAAAAUGGUGCCGGUCUGUUGCAAUUGGUUCGGUGACGAGUUGUGGGUUGGCUGUCAGGGCAAUCAAAUUUUCAAGGUUGAUCUUGGCUCCUAUGUGCCAUAUUCUGUUACAAAAGACUUCGGUAAAUUUAGUUAUAAAAUGUUAACAAUUCCAUUACAGCAAUAA